AUGGAGUUCAAAGUAAAAAUUCUUCUCAUUAUUUUUGAAUUGGCUAUUUUCUUCCAUAGCUGUCUAGCCCGGCAAUGCGAUCCAAAGCCUUUGAUCACAAGGCAUGAAGGCAAAAAGGCCUGCGUGUAUCUUGACACAAAAGGCAUCAAGACCAUUGGCGUUGGAUACAACAUGCAGAACAAGGACGCACCAGAGGUUUUUAAAGAGAUUGGAGCUGAUUACAAAAAGUUUGAAAACGGACCGGUGACCAAAUGGAAUGUUCCUUGCAACUGUUCGUCUGUUCCUUGCCUCACUGAAGAGCAAAUCGAAGAUCUGCUGGGCAUCAGUUUGAAGACGGCAAUAGCAGAUGCCCGGAAGGUUAUCGCCACCUUCGACAGCCUUUGCUGUCCCGUUCAGAAUGUUAUGGUUGACAUGUCUUUCACUCUCGGUGGACCUGGUUUUGCUAAUUUCACCACGUUUGCAUACCUUGUAACGCGUCAGUAUUGGAAGGCAGCCGGAGAUGACCUCACGGUAUCGAAAUGGUGCAUGCAGCAGGCACACAACCGAUGCAUGGAAGACGCUGGUGUUGUUAGAGAGGGAUGUGGUUGCUCUGCACCGUACCCUCAACCUUGCGAUGCUCAGGGGUCAUCUUGCUGCGCAAGCGAAGCACAGCAGACCUGCUGCAAAGGUAAAACAAACUGCAGAAGUUAAGUGAAAUUAUCCUCCUACUUCCGGUUUACUUCCUUCCUACUUAGGUUUACUUGCGUGGAUAAAAUCCUUUAGUGUGACCAUCCAAACGAACCUCUUCAGCAGUACUUUCACAUGGUACUAUUUAUUUAGUAUGUAGUUCUAACUAUUGAGUCUAUGGAUGACAUCCUGUUGUGUGACCAUUCAAGUGAAACCUCUUCAGCAGUACUUUCACUAUUUCCCCAAUACGUACAUGUAGUUCUAAAUUUUUAUUCUGAGGAGGAAAUCGUAUGGUGUGGCAAUUUAAGUCUUUUAAAUGAAACCUCUUCAGCAGAACUUUCACAUGGUGCUUUUAAUUCAGUACGUAGUUCAUUUUCGUUUUAGGUUUAUAGAGAACGCCUUAUGGUGUGACCAUAGAAAAUGAACGUUUUCUGUAAGAAAGUAAAGCAAUUUAAAUUGUUUUUUUUUUGGAAAGGGCAAAUUGGACAAAAUGAACAUCUGAGUAUGGCUUUAGUUCAGUUAUUGGAAUAGUCACAUCUUCAUAUAAGAUAAAAACUCUUUUUGUAUUGAAAAGCCUUUCACAGACUCAAAAUUACAGGUGCUUAAGUAAAGCUGGCGAAGACCGCGGUAUUGAAGCGACAGUUAUGAGUUCCAAGAAUAAGCGGAAGCUAAAAUUCUUUCAAUCUCUAUCGCGAUUACUGCAACUCAUUUACUUUGUCAAAUGCAAGCGAACUCUUUUUGAGCCGAAUUCCUAGGAACCAUAUUCAAGUUCAGAAAGAGAAAGAAAAUUUAGCCGUCCCUUGUUUUCGUCCUCCAUAAAACGUGAAAUUAGGCAUUUCCCCUUCGUAGUCGUGUAGUGACGGCAGAGAAAUGUACAAAAAAGCGUGAUGCACGUGCAGAGUUGUUGUUUUGCCUGUUCAACCUACUGCUUUUUUGACGUUCUUGUUGUCGUCGCCGUCGUAGCAUCUUAAAGUCGCUAAUAUUCUCGUCACAUAGGCCCUUUAAAUGAAUCGCAGUGAAGAAGACUUGGUACCAGACUGAACUGAAAAUACGAAACAAGGAACGAAAGUGCGCAGGGGAGGAAGCUCACUUUCAAAAAAGUAUGGCUCUUUUACAGGCUGUUAUAGUCACAAAAAGCGAAAUGAGAUUUUGUUUAUUCUAACAAAUAAUAACUUCCAUCAAUUAUUUUUUUUAAACAACCCUGCUUGUUUUUCUACAGCAACAUUGACAAUCAAGGGAAAGACGUUUGAUGAGAAACUGUGUUGCCCGUUUCCUCACGCGAACUGCUGCGAGCACAACAGAUGCUGCAGGCAACAAUACAAAGUCUGCUGCCCACCCCCGCCAGCGGUGCCGACUUACUGCUGCCCAGCGGAUUACCCAGUGUGCAAAGACGGGCAAUGUUACAGGGCACGUGACGGUCACAUGGUCAGCGGAGAGCCCGCUGUUGGAGGACCCCCCUUGGAGUAAACAGAAAUGUGGCUUAACGCGACUUUCACUGCAUUUUUGAUGUUUUUUCCUCGGUGAAACCAUAAUCGUGUAAAGCAUGAUGAUAAGCGAUAACGCCGAAAACAGCAUCUUUCAUUUAUUUUAGGGGUUAAAAAUUAUUUACCACAAAACCUGCUCCCGCAAAGUGUGAUUUAUUAUCAUGUAUAAUUAACGCCUUUUUUAAACACAUAUUUACAGAAUUGCUCAGUAUAUGUAGGUAUAUUUUCUUCAAUCUAAAACUCUGAAUCUCUCUUAUUUUUAAACUACGAUUUCUUGCUCCGAACCUCUGAAAAAAGAAGGCAAUCCCCAAAACAACCGAAGUACUAGUACAAUGCGAAGUCUCCUUAUAAUUACUCGUCUCCUAUAUUCCUGAUGUGCC